GUCUGUUACCAUAGUGACAUGUAAACUGUCAAACUGACUUUGCAAAUAGCAACAGUGGCUAGCGGUGUUUUAGAAAAUAAUAAUGACAAUUGUUGUUUGUUAUGAAUACUAAAGCAUGGUUCACCCAGAGUGAGAGUGACCGUUACGGAGGGAAGUGAACCGUCUGUGUGAAACUCACGCAGCGGCAGACAGGAUGUCUUUAUCCCGGAUUCAGAGUGUGAGAGUGGCAGCUGUGCUGGAGGACUGCUCCGACCAGUUGGACAUACUGGGACAUACCCUGACAGUGCAGAUGGCCAGGGAGCGAGGCACUGCAGCGGCACAGGAGAAAGCCAGACUGGCCAAGCUGAGAAGAGACUGUCAGUCAAUCUCGCAGCAGGUUUCCAAGCUGUGUUUGGAGCUGGAGCAGAAGCAGAGUCUCAGCUCUCUGCUGCAGGUGGUGGAGGACGAGGAGCAGAAGAAGAAGGCUAAUAACACCAGAAGAGAGGAAAAGAUUAAGCUGGAGAAAAGAAAAGAAACUCUACAGAGACAGAAAGAGGAGAUCAAACAGAAAACGGAGAAACUGACGGAAAUACGCUGGCUGGCCAAAGACCUGAAGCAUCAGCUGAAUGAGCAGUCAUCCCAGAUUGCCAACAAGAACAAGCUUAUGGAGAAAAACAUGGAGCUGCAGCUGCAGCAGACACAAAGGGAGACCAGCGAGACCGAGAAGCUGCUGCAGGACAAGCUGGAGCUGCUACAGAAAAAGCUGACGGAGGAGAGGAGAGUUCAUGAGGAGUCGGAGAAAUUCCUGCAAAAUCGACAUAAGGAGUUGCAGCAGCAGCUGCAGCAGUGGCAGCAGCACACCACACAGAUGUUGCAGGAGAAGGAGCAGCAGCUCAACAGCGUGCGCUGCAAAAGAACCGUGAAUUUGGACCGACUGAUGGAGAUGAAGAGGAGGUUCAGGGAGAUGGAGCAGGUGGUGAUGGAGGACAGGGAGGAGCAGGAGAAACUGCGUCAACAGCAGGCACUAGCCACAUCUGCUACCAAGCUGCAGGCCUGGUGGAGAGGCUGCAUGGUCCGCCGGGGCCUCGGUAGUUUUAAAAAAGAGGAAGUCAAGAAAGGAAAGAAGAAGAAGGAAGGAAAGAAGAAAAAGAAGAAAUGAGUUUUCUCCGAGUCAUUGAAAUGAUGUAAACAAUUCAAAAAUAAUAAACAGUCAUCUCUGUA